CCUGCCUAUCCGGACCUGAAAAUAACCUUCGACCCUAGAAGUAGUUUCACCCUCGAUAGUGUCGCAUCCUAGGAAUUCUUUUAAGCAGAUAUAUAUUUUUUUAGAUCUAAUUUUUUUAAAUGGUUCGAUCUUAUAUCUAAUAUAUAUUGACAUCUCUAAGUAUGAAGAAGAUGAGUAUUUGGUAGUUUCACCCUCGAGACGAAGGAGGUCGAGAGCUUAACUUGGUGUGGAAUACUUGUUACUCACUCUGGGAAAGAGUACGUAUUAUUGAAUGACAGAACGUCUGAAGCUCGGCAGCCGGUUGAUACGGGGCCUUACUUUUCAAACACGAACCACUGAUUUCUAUUUCAGUGUCCGAGAUGCCUAGAUGCUGCAAUGGAGGACGGGAGGUGAGGUCGCUCUGGUGCGCCUUCUCAAGGCUUCCUGCAAAGAGGGCGCUCUUCGAAAGGGCAAAUCCGUGCACGCCGUCGCCGCAAAGCUUGCUUACGAUCGAUUUCUCUGCGUAGGCAACGCCCUCAUUAACGUUUAUGUGAGAUGCGGGAAUCUAGAUUCUGCCCGCAAAGUGUUCGAGGAAAUUCCCGAGCGAGAUGUCUUGUCGUGGACAUCGCUCGUUGCGGGCUGCGCGCAAGGGGAUCAUCAUCGCUGUCUCACUUCCAUAAGCAUUUUCCGCCAGAUGGUCUCUCAUGGCUUCCGUCCCAACCCCUUCACCUUCGCCAGCGUGCUGAAGGCAUGCGGCAAGAUCCGUGAUCCAUCGGCGGGCAAAAGCGUGCAUGGAUUGAUUGUCGUUUCUGGGUGUGUUCCUGACGUGGUCUUGAUGAACUCUAUCCUGGCCAUGUAUGGGAAUUGUGGGUGCUUUGAUGAAGCACAGAACGUAUUCAACAGGAUGCUCGAGCGGGAUGUGAUCUCUUGGAACAAGAUAAUUGAUGCCCAUGUGCAGAAUGGUGACAUGAAAGGAGCGCUAGAGUUCUUUCACAGGUCGCCAUUUUGUGACGUCGUAUCGUGGAACACCAUCAUCUCGGGUUAUAUGCAUAACGGAGAUGAUAGGACAGCAGUGACGGUUCUCUAUGAUAUGAAGAGGAUGGGAGUGGAUUUCAAUGAGUUUACACUCUGCAUAUCCUUGGUGUUGGCAGCGAAAUUGGCUAUUCUUGAUCUGGGGGAACAGGUUCACUGCCAAUUGUUUAGAAAGCUUGGUGGUGAUUAUGAUUGGUACAUUGGAAAUUCCUUGAUAGACAUGUACUGUAAAUGUGGGAAGCUGGACGUUGCAUUGCUAGUCUUUGAGACGAAUUUUGGUGCAGCUUCCUGGAGCUCAUUGGUUUCUGCUUACACUCAGAACGGGAGAAGUGAGGACGCUGUCAAUCUCUUUCGUCGAAUGUUGGAUGAGGGUGUUCCUGUCGAUAACUUCACGCUUGCAGCUGUAGCUAUUGCAUGUGCUGAAAGCGGCAUAUUGGAACAGGCUAAGCAGAUCCAUGCCCAAAUAGUUAAGUAUGCACAUACCUCUGAUUCAGUCAUAGAGAGUUCUAUGAUUAACAUGUACUCUAAAUGUGGUAGCAUAGAUGACGCAAGGCUUUUGUUCAAUAAAACUAAGGAACAUGGUCUUGUGUCGUGGACGUCUAUGAUACUUGGCUGUGCAUUUCAUGGCCUAGCAAGAGAGGCUAUACAACUCUUUGAGAAGAUGUUGAAGGAAGGUGUUAGACCAAAUGAGAUUAGCUUCCUUGGAGUGCUGUCAGCAUGUUGCCAUGCAGGGUUGUUAAAUGAAGGUUGUCAUUAUUUCAAACUGAUGCGUGAAGAUUGUAGCAUACUUCCAAAAAUAGAACAUUUCACAUGCAUGGUCGAUCUUCUUGGUCGAUUGGGGCAGUUGGAAGUAGCAGAAGAGUUCAUACUGGAGAAUGCCAUUGGCCAAGCUGAUGCCGUUUGGAAAGCAUUGUUGUCUGCCUGCAGCACUCAUAAGAACGUUUUGGUAGGAGAGCGAGCUUUGGGAAGACUCUUUGAACUUGAACCAUGUGAUGAUGGAUCUUAUGUUAUAUUAUCCAAUAUGUGGUCUACGUCAAGAAAAUGGGAAAAUGCAGCAGAUGUAAGACAGUUGAUGCAAAAGAAACAGAUGAGAAAGAAACCAGGAUGCUCGUGGAUUGUGCUUAAGAAAGAAGCACAUAUAUUUGUUAUGGGAGACAGGUCACAUCCUCAAACAGAUGCGAUCUACUCAUCCUUAGCGUGCCUCGCUGUAGAGGCCAGUUAUUAUUGUAAUCCAAAGUUGCUGUGACAGGAUGAAGAAGAUGGGCAGGAGAAGAGUAUAAUAUACCUGUUCUGCAAAUGAAGAGUUCACUGGGAUUGCUACCUUUCCCAAAAUCUGCACUUUCUGACGGAAUGCAGAGAUUGAUUAAGAGCCUCAUGAGUUUUUCUCAACUGUU